AAAUGCCCCUGUGAAAUAAUGUUCAUUCGAAUCCACUUCUAAGAGCAGAAGUUUCAGUUGCUGUGCCCUACAGCAGCUGAGUGUGCAUGCUGCAAGCAGCUCACCGAGAGAUGGAAUCCUACCAGUGUCUAUGAGCAGAGCGUGUCAUAAUUGAAGGUCUGGAAUCUCCAAGUACAAGUGCAAGCAAGAGCAUGACCACUAAAAAGAGACUGAAAAGUCAAGUUUGGAAGAUGGGAAGCCGUGGCAACUUGAACAAAGCCAUGGAAACAGGUGCAAGAGAGCAGGCAAGACACUGUGUGAAGAAAAUGCUUCCCCAUGCACAGAGCUGGCAGUGUGUUAACCUGAGGAAGAUCCAGGAGGACCAAAAGCGAAUCAGUCAGAUUGAAAGAGACAAUGAGAGGCUGAUGGAGAACCUUGCUGCCAUCCAGCGAGGGCCGGCAAGGGUGGAUUGUUGGAACGAAUACUUUCAGAGAAGGUCAAACAGCGACAACCAGAACAGGAAAAUAAUGAUCAUCACUGUGGAGAAUCAGGGACUUUUGAAAAGGCUUGUUAACUGUAAUCCUACCUAUGGUAAAAAGAAGUUCAAAAUGGAAUGGCAGAGCACGAGACAGUUUAAAUAGACUACCACACAAUGCUUCAUCUCCUCCAAAGAGAUUCAGGGCACAAACCAGGCCUGGCACUGACUCGGUAUUGUCUGAAUUGGAAUCUUGUCCUGGAAACAGACAUCUGUUACAUGUACCUUUUCCUAAGAUUGUGAGAAUAAAGAGGAGAAUACAUAAGA